AUGGCAAUAGAUCACGCGACGCCUCUCGGACUCAAGAGCAGAGGCGCCAUGGGAAGCGGAGGCGGUGAGUGCGACGACGCCGCCGAGAACCAGCGGUGGCCGCCGUGGCUGAAGCCGCUGCUGUCCACGAGCUUCUUCGUCCAAUGCAGGAUCCACGCGGACGCGCACAAGAGCGAGUGCAACAUGUACUGCCUCGAUUGCAUGAACGGCGCGCUCUGCUCCCUCUGCCUCGCGCACCACCGCGACCACCACUCCAUCCAGAUACGGAGGUCGUCGUACCACGACGUGAUCCGGGUGUCGGAGAUACAGAAGGUGCUGGACAUCGCCGGCGUGCAGACGUACAUCAUCAACAGCGCGCGCGUGGUGUUCCUCAACGAGCGGCCGCAGCCACGCCCGGGCAAGGGCGUCACCAACACCUGCGAGGUCUGCGAGCGCAGCCUCCUCGACUGCUUCCGCUUCUGCUCCCUCGGGUGCAAGUGGGCACGGCCCGUGGCUACCGUCCCAAGAAGAAGCACGGUGGCGGUGGCGGUGGCGGGCGGCGGCGGCGGCGGUGACAAGAAGAAGAGGGCGGCGCUUAAGGUCAAGGACGUGCGCUCUGACUCGGAGGAUUCGUGCACCAGCACCAGCGGCGCCAGCAGCGUCGUGCAGAGCUUCUGGCCGUCGACCCCGCCGCCGACCUCUGCCAGCCACCGCCGCCCAGGGAACAAGCGCCGGAAGGGCGUGCCGCACCGGUCGCCCUUCGGCAGCCUCAUCGUCGAGUACUAG